UAAACACUCAGCAAAUACUUUUUCGUUUGUUCUUAUUGGCUUUCAUGCAUUUGUUGGAAUCGGAUUUCCCCCACAAAAAACACCUAAAAUCCCCCAGGAUGUAUGUUGUGCCCCCCAACUCCAUUUCACACUGACACUCACACUCACACUCACACCAAUCCAGUAGAUUCUUCCAUGUUUGGUGGAAGAUAAUGGGAAUAGAGAAACUUCUUCUCACUUCCACUCCUCCGUGACUCUCCCUCUCCACCCCUCUGUUUCUCUCACUCCCUCCCAUCCUCUCUUCUGUUCUAAAAUUCUCUCGUCACUCACUUUUCUUUCAAGACUUCAACCAAAAUCAUGGCUAAUAUCUCAUCAGUGAGUUGGCAUUUCCAAUUUCCAAAGCUUAAUUUCAUUCUCUUUCAGAUCUCAUUAUAUUUCUUGCUUCUAGUCCCUCCUCCUGCAAUUUCAUUGAGUUUCAACUUUCCCAGUUUCAAUUACUCGUUAUUGGAAACUCCGAUCAUCGUACCCCAGUUAGAUGCAGAACUCUCUGGUACAAUCAUCGACCUCACAAGAAAUAACCUUAACCAAUCUAGUCCUUAUAGUCACGGUGGAGUGUUGUAUAAUGCUCCAGUUCCUCUCUGGGACAAGAAGAAGAAAACCCUAGCGAACUUCACCACUCAUUUCUCCUUCACCAUAAGCGAAUCCGAUUACGACAAAGGUGGAGAUGGGCUUACUUUUUUCCUUGCUCCUUAUGGUUUUCAAAUGGGAGGUAAUUUUAAUGGUGGUGGUCUUGGUCUUUUCUAUAACCUACCAGUAAACAAUACCGCAACCAAUAGGCAUAUAGUUGCAGUUGAGUUUGAUACAUAUCAGAAUUAUUGGGACCCAGAUAGCAAUCACAUAGGUAUCGACAUCUAUUCUAUCGUAUCUGUUCAAAAUACCUCAUGUGAUGCGAUUCUUUGGAAUAAGAUGACAGUAAAUGCUGAGCCAUGGGAGGCUACGGUUGAUUAUGAUUCAAGUUCUUAUAACUUGAGUGUUAUAUUGAGUUGUUCUAAUAAAUCUGUUUCUCCAGAGAUCUGUGGCCUUAACUAUGUUGUUAAUCUGAGCGAGUAUCUUCCAGAAGAGGUCACUUCAACCACUGAAGAUGUCAAUGGGGUAUAUCAGCUCAACUCCUGGGACUUCAGUUCAAGUUUGGAAAUGGAAAAUUCAGCACCAGCUCCAGCUCCAGCACCUGCACGAGCACCAGCACCAGUUCAAGGGCAAGUGGGAGUGUCCACCCAAGCAUCCAAAAGGGGGGGCGGAUCAAUAAAAAAGAAGAUAGGAAUGGCAGUGGGCGGAGCUUCCAUGAUUACUGUUUUGGGUUCGUUUUUGCUUUUGUUUUUCAGGCGAAGGAAUAAUCUUAGUGACGCAGAUGAUGAUGUGGUCUUAGAUGUGCCCACUGGGCCAAGGGAGUUCUCGUAUGCUGAAUUGGCUGGAGCAACUAGCAACUUCGAUGACAAACAAAAGCUAGGAGAGGGAGGAUUUGGAGGCGUUUAUAAAGGCUUCUUGAGUGAUCUCAAAAUGGAUGUUGCUGUGAAAAGGAUCUCUAAAGGGUCUAGACAAGGAAUAAAGGAGUAUUCAUCGGAGGUGAAGAUCAUUAGUCGAUUGCGGCAUAGGAACCUCGUGCACCUUGUUAGUUGGUGCCACCAACGGAAAGAGCUACUUCUUGUGUAUGAGUUCAUGUCCAAUGGAAGCCUUGAUUCCCAUCUAUUUCAAAAUAGGGGUUCCUUGACAUGGGAGUUGAGAUACAAGAUAGCUCUUGACUUGGCCUCUGCAUUACAGUAUUUGCGUUGUCCACAGGGAUAUCUCUUGACUUGGCCUCUGCAUUACAGUAUUUGCGUUGUCCACAGGGAUAUUAAAUCCAGCAAUGUAAUUCUAGAUUCCAAAUUCAAUGCUAAACUAGGGGAUUUUGGUCUGGCUAGGCUUGUGGAAAAUGAGGGAGAGCCACAAACAACUAAUAUAGCUGGGACCAUGGGAGGAAGGCUUGUGGAACAGGAAAAAGGGACACAAACAACCAAUGUAGCUGGUACCAUGGGAUACAUGGCACCUGAAUAUGUUCUUACUGGGAAGGCUAGCAAAGAAUCUGAUGUCUAUAGCUUUGGCAUUGUUCUCUUAGAAAUUGCUUGUGGAAGAAAGCCUGUUGAGAGGAUGGCUAACCCAAGUGAAGUAGGUUUGGUAGGAUGGGUUUGGGAGCUCUAUGGAAGUCGAAAGCAUCUCGAAGCAACUGACCCAUGUAUAUGUAUGGAUUCUGAUGUCAAGAAACAAGUAGAAUGCAUGAUUGUUGUUGGGCUAUGGUGUGCUCAACAAGACUACAAUCUCCGACCAUCUAUUGGGCAAGCUAUCAAUGUUCUUAAAUUUGAUGCUCCACUGCCCAUUCUCCCAUGUUGUAAGGUGCCUGUUUUCUCUCCAUUUCAAUAGGAGUUUAUAUUCUCGAUUACAUUUUCCCAUGGUUCUGCAGAAUGUGACACAAGUCAUACAUUUCAAUAGCAGUUUAUUUAGUUUUUUCUUUUUUUUAUUGGAUUUCUUUUCUACUGAUGGUAAUAUCGAAGGUGGAACAGAGGUUCAAGAUUACACUACAUUCUUUGUAUUAUACAUACUUUCUCGUAAUUAAUAAAAUUCACUUGCUGACUCUUAGCAAAAAACAACAAAAAAAAAAAAGUGACACAAGUCCUACACAACACCACUUCAGCUUCUUCCUCAUCUUCCCUCUUGAAUAAUUGUUCCCUUCUUUUUUUCUUCUUUUUUUGGCUUGCAGAAAUGUAAUAUAUUAAAAUCACAAAGGCAGUUCUCCCCCCACCCCCCUUCUUUUAAUGUAAUUUUUAAUUACAGAAACUUUUUUGUGUUGUUCUUUCAUUAAAUUUUGAAUUGUUUGAACAUGUCCUUAACUCCUUGUAUUCAAUUCCCUAGUGUUUUAAUAAUAGGAUAUUCCGUCCUUGCCAUGUGAUACUUCAUUGAUAUUCUACCUUUUCUUUUCUGAGUAAUGUAAUCAAAACUUUGCUAAUAAAGUUGAUUAUGGAUAAUAAAAAAAGAUAAAAUCGGCCGCUGCCGUCAUCCCAGGCGGGGUGGCGACCUAGCGUUUUGGAGGCUAUGAUUCCGAUCAACUCCGGCGGAUAACUCGGCCGAGUCUCCAAAUGCAUCUUCGGUUGCUUGUUGAGCAGAUUUGCCAUCUCUUCAUCUUUCCUCUUUUUCUUUCUUUCUGUGGUUUUGAAUUGGGUUGGUCUCGUUCCCUUACUUUUAGCUUGAAUUAACCCAUGUGUGUUCAAUCUUCUGUUUAAUGGAUCCUUCUUCAUCUCCCCCACUGUUAGGGAUGGGGAGGGGCUUCCCUUGGCAUCUGCUACUGCUGUGACAGUUAAUGGAGCAAGGGUCUUGAAGGCCUCGCUGCUCCCUGCCUCCGGUCUUGAGGCUUUCCCCCCGUUAUCAGUCCCUGCUACUGGUUCGCCUGGCCAGUCAUAUCUUAGCUGAUCUUGAUGGUGCGGUGGAAGGCUGUUCAGUCUAUCUCAAGGACCUCUCAGCUCCCCUGGUAGCUUCUGGGUCACAUGUUCCCCCUUCUCUGCUCUCUCAAGGCCGGCCUUUUUCAUUUAUUCUCUAGAUAUCCCUCGUCUAACGAGCCUCGUCUAACGAGGGUCUUGCUCUUCGCUUUAUUCAGCCAGAUUUGGAAGAAGGAAAACCUGUGGUGCAUUGUUCGUCGGAGGUGCUGGAAGCCGAGAUCGCCCUUUGGGUGUUGACCUGUGUUGGUCACUUUAUCAGUAGAAAGCCUGCCUUCUUGUUUGUCAAAUCUGUUGUUGCCCAUUUGUGGAAGUUGUCCGGCCAUGUGGAAGUUGUUCUUUUAGCCAAUGGGUUAUACAUAUUCCGUUUCAGCAAUGUGGUGGACAUGUCCUCUGUUCUUGGGUUCUUCAGCGCUCCCCUCUAGUCUGAAGAGCUUCGAAUCCAUCUAUGCCCAUGAAGAAAAUCGAAUUAACCUCCAUCCCGGUGUGGAUCCGUUUGCCGGAUUUGCCUUUCCAUUUCUGGUCUGUGGAAGCUUUAAGCGGUAUUGGUAGUGCCAUUAGCAAGCCCUUGUUUACUGAUCGUAGAACCAAAUCUAGACAGAGAGACUCAUUUGCUAGAAUUUGAGUGGAACUCUCGGCAGCAGCUGUGCCUCCUAACCAUAUCAAAAUCUGCCCUGAAAAUGGUGUUUGCUUUAACCAACAAGUUUUCUAUGAAUGGCGCCCCCUCUGCUGUGAUACUUGCAAGAUUUUCGGCCACUCAAAUAGGCAAUGCACUCUAAAAUCGAUGAACGCUGAUGUUAUCGCCAUUGUUCCUAAAGAAUGGUCGAAGAAAAUUCGUGUUGAAGGAGACAUCUUGGCUGCCACCAUAAAUGGUGGUGAGCGAGAGAUUGAAGCCACCGGAGAUGUAGGUGGCCAGAACUCCUUGGAGGCUGCUGCAGGCGAGGGAUGCCAGUGUGGCUAAGGUUUACGUUUGGGUUUGAAUUUGAAUUUGAAUUUCAAAAUUUGUCAUAAGACAAUGGAGACUUUGUCCUGGUACUUGUGCUGUCAACACUUUUGCUUUGACUUUACCACAAAAAAAAAAAAAAACAGUUUUGCUUUAUUGGGUGAAGAAAAUAUUGAUGAAUUAGUGAUAUAUGUCCUCUUUUGAUGGUGAUGUGAAUUAUGACAUUGAUAUCCACCCAUGUGCUUUGGAAGAAAAUGAGAUGGAUCCUGAUAAGGUUGCUUGUGAGGAAUUCAAAGCUAAUACAACUAUUGGAGUCAUUUCUUCUCCUUCUUUGGUCGAUGAUGUGGAAAAUUUAGUCAACACUCAUGAAAGUGAUUUGUUAGGUGUGAAGGAGAGGGAUAAAGAAGAUUUGUUAGGUGAGGAGGAUAAUACUACAAAAGAUAGUUCUAUUAAGUUGAAUUUUGUGGACAUUGUGCCUAUCUCGCCGGUUCGAUCCUCUUUCAAAAAGAUGAAGCAAAAGAAGAAGAAAGAAAAAGAAAAAAGAAGAAGAAGUAGAAGAAGUCUGUCUCUAGAGUGCAUGAGUGUAACUUAAAUUCCAACAUUGAUAAUUCAUCAGUUGCUUCUUCGGAGGA